CUUAGCGUCACUAGCAGAAGAACUGACUGCUCUCAGCUCGGGUUGCUCAUGGGGCUGCUUCUGUGGUUCCGCGAGUGAAAUAUUCUUCGCUUUUCUUCGCCAUCCUGUGUGAUUUUGGACGUUUUCUCGCUGUAAAGCUGGAUAGCAGGUUGUAAAGAUUGCAAUGCUUAAAUUAUCAAACUGUUCUCACACAGAAGACACUUCGGUGGUGCAAUGAAGGCAAAUGCCUCCUCUGUGUGGGCUUCAUGCUGUGGUUUGCUGAAUGAAGUCAUGGGAACAGGGGCCGUCCGGGGCCAGCAGCCAGGCUUUGGGGCAGGUGCUGGACCUUUCCGAUUUGCCCCUAGUGCAGGAUACUCUACAUAUCCGCCUGCCAGCUCAGGGAGCCCCAACCUCGUGUGCAAGGCUUGUGGCCAAGCCUUUUCUGUCUUCAGGAGGAAGUAUAUUUGCUGUGACUGCAAGAAAGGAUUCUGCUCCUUGUGUACGAUACUGCAGGAGAAUCUGCGUAUCUGUGCUACAUGUCAUUUACUGAAGGCGACGUGUUUCCAGCGGCCAAGGCUGAUGCGCCUGCGUGUCAAAGACCUGCGUCAGUACCUUCAGCUCCGUAACAUUCCCACAGACACAUGCAGAGAAAAGGAGGACCUGGUUGAACUGGUGCUGUGUCACCAAGGCAUUGAGGAAGAGGACGAUCCAGACACCAACAGCCUUCACUCGCGCUCUCUGUACUCUCCCACGCCCUCCACCACGCAGUCUGCCUCUGAAUUGUCCACCUUUGCUGCGUCUCAAGAGGGGCCACUCAGCAGAAGCGAUAGCUCUGAUACCACCCCAGAAGCUGAUGCAGCAUCGACAUCUCUCCUUCACUUGGAACACACACCUGAGACAAGUCCUCAAACACGGCGCCGGGCCCGAGCCUCUUUAUCAGACAUCUCCAGCCUGGGUGACAUUGAAGACCUCUCUGUCCGGCAGCUCAAAGAAAUCUUGGCCAGGAACUUUGUAAACUAUUCAGGGUGCUGUGAGAAGUGGGAGUUGGUGGAGCGGGUGAGGCGACUGUAUCGAGAAACUGAGGAAAACAGGAAAUCAUUGGAAAAUGUGAGCAGUAGUGUAACCACAGACGGUGAAAAGGGACCAUUAACCAUCUAUGAUGAUAAUCUCUGCCGAAUCUGCAUGGAUGCUGUGAUCGACUGCGUUCUCCUGGAGUGUGGUCACAUGGUCACCUGCACAAAGUGUGGAAAAAGGAUGAACGAGUGUCCCAUCUGUAGGCAGUACGUUGUGAGGGCAGUGCAUGUUUUUAAAUCUUAACCACUGCAGCACCACAGACUGGCACAAACCCUAGAUGCAGAUUAUUGCUGCUUUUUGGGGAUUUUCCCAUUUGAAUCAUUAGUUUAUCUGUGUUAGUGUUUUGAUUUAUCAUUUCUAAAUACAAAGAAUGUGUAGCCAUGUGCUUGUGAACAAAAUUCAUCAAAUUUAUCUCUGAACUGAACUGAGAAAAUGGCUUGGUAAACUUGUAAAUAAAAAUUCUCAGUUGCUGCAAGUGACAAAAAUACCAAGGAAUCCCACCAUUAGUUACUUGGCAGGAAAACUAGGUGCCAAAAACUCCGUCAAGCAUCUCAUUCAUUCCUCCCAUUGACUGUGGGUCGCUUGUAUCAAUAGCACAUUAAAGAAAAGCCUUUUUCUCUACGGAUUAAUCACUUUUACUGCAGCUCAUGUCGUAAGCGGCAUACAACCUUGAUUUUUGUAAUCCAUUGUAAGCACAUUAUGUAUUAAACCACACUCAAUCAUGCUGGUCAUUACAUUGUAAAGAAAUAAGGUGAUCAUAACAAUAUCUUACUUUACAGUCACCUUUGUCCUAACUUUGCCCUUAAGUGGCUCCUAACAGACAAACUAGGUGCUAACAAACUCAUGCCAUCUUCCCUCUAUUUCCAAAAUGAAUUUUGGGUAUACAUCUUUGAAUAUUAUUUGGAGUGGAACAGUGCAUUUUGCUUUGAAGUUCAUUACACUAAAAUAGAAGUGAUAUAUUGGGGAAAAAACAUUUACUGACAUAUGAGGUAUAGUAUGUAUAGAAUAAUUGACUUGCUAAUGUACAUUUGCAUAUAUUGAUCCUUAUGAGAUGUAUAUAACUAUAUUUUUUCCAUUUGAUUUGAAGUGUAUUUUGAGAUUAUUUAUAUUUUACAGAAUUCUUUGUACCUAUGUAACUGGCUUUAUCCAGAGCAUGACAGUAGCCUGUGCAUUUGGCUAGGUUUGCCACACUGUAUUCUGGUCAGGGUUUUUAAUUUUAAAAUAUUUAGCACUGCUGUAAACCACAUUGAGCCAGAUGAUGCUGCUACCACAGUUCACAUCAAUUAUGAACAGUUAACUGCACUUUUCUGUUUCUGAGAGUGUAAAAUUUGUGCUAGGUUUGGUCUUUGUAUUUUGGAAUGUUGAACCUUAUUUUUUGGUAAUUAAAGAUUUUAAUUAAAAUAA